ACACGGAGCCCGGACACACACCGGAGCUUUCUCGGCAUCCGAAAUCCGCCGCGGACCCCCAGCGCCCGGCCAUGCACCGCGCCUACCAGCCCACCCUCCCCUGUGGGAACAAGCUCCUGCAGCAGAGGUGGGACCAGACCAGUUACCUGGCGCACCGGCGAAAGGUACAAGCGGUUAAAUCAAUGGUUGACAACCACUCUCCUGAAACCUUCUCUCAUCUUCAACUGAAAUUUAAGAAGCUAAAGCUUGAGGACGACCGUCUCUCCACCAUCGAGAAAAACAACAAGAAACUGCUGGAGAAGAUGUCAACGAUCAUGAGGACAACCGGGCGAGUUGACAAUACGAAUGAAUACAAGAUGAAAAGUUUGAACAGGGAGAGGCGGCAACGGGAGCUGGAAAGAGUAAAUCGUGAGAACAAGGCAAUGCGGGCUCGCCUCAAACAGGUCGAGCCACAGUACAACCACCUCAAGUGGCUUGAGGACUUCAAUAAAUCGGAGAAAUACAUGGACAACAUUGCUCGCUACCCCCGUGGCUGGUACAUUGCACAGAAAUCAAAGCCCAAGUCAAAAGCAAAAUCAGCAAAAGAUUCCAAAAAGAGCAAAAACGUACAAGUGAAGAGAUCGACGUGAAGGAUAGCAGAGGAAGGAAGCAAAGCCGUCGUUCUACGGCUCAACUGGUUCCACACUGCAUUCUCAGUAUGAGCUCUGUCACAAUGCUAAUUAAUCCAGACUAAAUAACUCCCUUUCAACCUCUGGUUCAGAUCAUAAAUAGCAUCUGCAUCUGUCACUACUCCAUGUGGAAGGUUUCAGAACCAGUAACUGAGAUCAGCCACACCUCAUUCAUCCUUUGUCUAAUUCUCACCGACAGUGAUGUUUAUCAUGAAAGCAAUGUGCUGAGUUUGAAAUAAAUUGUGUCAACACAAGCAUGUCCAUAUGUUUAUAAGAAGGUACACUGAAAUAAAAGUGCUGCUUUACAUAAUUGAUAGUUGUAAAACUGGAAGAAUUGGUGCUUGUUGUGGGUCAUAAGACCAUAAGAUGUAAGAGCAGAAGUAGGCCGUUCGGCCCAUUGAGUCUGCACUGUCAUUC